AUGCCUCGAAGCGGCUACGACAUGGGUAAACACUCCAGCGAGAGUGGCGCACGCAGCGCCGGGACCGGGACGUCGUCCGGCUCUCAGAAGCACAAGCAGUCGAGCGGUGUGAAAAGCGGGGGGAAGAGCGAGGGUUCAAGGGGAAAGGGCCACGGUAGCUCAGAGUCGAGACAGUCCAGCCAUGGCUACUACUCAUGA